ACUAUUGGCUUUCAUUUUAGAAUUAUGGAUUUAGCUGAAAAGUUGUUUCUACAUAAUCAGGUUCCUUUGAAGGAUUUUUCUGAGAUAAUCAUGGAAUUACUUCCAUCACUGCAAUCUGUUCAUGUUAAAUCCUUUUACCGCACUUUAAAUUCUGGAUCUUUUGAGGAAUACAGAUAUUUUAAAUACAAAUUAAAAUAUCUGGAUUCCUAUAUCCCAGGGCUAUAUAACGGUGUCAUUUGUCCUAUAUGCCCAACGGAAAGUGGAACCUUAAUUGAAUGUGUUGAUGCAUGUUUUGGUCUGCCAAGAAGGAAAGGGAAAGGUGAUAUAAGCAUUUCUUCACGCCACAAGACAUUGUUGUUCAGCGAUCAAGAUGAUGUUGAUAACUUUGUUGAUAAU